UUCUAGACACUUUUUAAAUAUUGUGUCACUAUGUCUGGCUUUUUGACUGAUGCUGACCUAGAACAUAUUAUGAAUUUACCCGAUAAUGAGAUCAAUGCAUCCAUUGAUGUCCCUGAUGGGGAUAUAUCAGAUGUUGGGGACGAAGAUAAAGAUGAAACUGUCGAAACUGAUGAAAGUUCUCAAGCUAUUUCCGAAGCAGCUGUCACGAAUUUCAUUCAGAUGGUGGAAAAGGAGGAUGGAACUGAAAUUUCGGCAAUUAGAGAGGAGCAAGAGAUAGAAUAUGAAUUUCCAAAGGCUGUUGUAGUCAGGAGUGGUAAAGUUAUUAAUUCUCAACCAAAAUCAGAUGUAAGCGACAACAAUACAAAUGAAGGAGUGUACUGUCUGCCAUCGGGUUCCCCUAAAUGGCAGGCAACACCGCAUAACAGCCACGCUAUGAGGGAAACAAACUGACAGCCAAACAGGCGAAGACAUCAGGUAAACACGCCAAAGAUUCCAGUCGAUUAAUAGGAACCUUUCCUUGCAGAGGUCGCCGCGACAUAUCUGGCCACUGAUUCCUACGCCAGGUUUCUAUUGGCUCCAGCUCACUAUAUAGGCCUGGCCGGUCGAAGGCAGACCAGUCUUUGUCCGCUGUUAAUGGCAACCGCUAUAGCAGAGUCUCCGAAAAGAUAUCACCGAAGCCGCUGUACUGCACCGUCGAUCUUAGUACCAGCCGACCAAGAGGAACCACAUCUCCAGCUAGAUCAAUGGACGUCUACAUCUAUUGUACAGCCAGCUAUUGUAUUGUAGAAGAAGUUACUUUCAAUAAACUGUUGGAGAAUACAACAAGGAGCACCAUCUACACGUGAGCAGCAGCAGCAGCAGCAGCCAAGUAAAACAUAGAUGUAAGCGUGGUGAUUAUAAAUUUAGAAAAACUGAUUUUGUGGUACAAGACACAGAAUGGAAAGGAUCACUUCCACCACCACUAAUUGCUGAGCAGUCCAAUAUCUAUGCUUUGCAGAAAGAUUCAGUUUCUUUGCAGACGAGCAAAAAUGAAAUGGAGCAGUUUGUUGGUAUUUUACUGCACAUGGCCAUAAUCAAAAUGGCUUCCAUUCAUUUAUACUGGUUGAAUGAGUAUAGGUAUUCACCAAUAGCUGAUGUGAUGAGCAGAACUCGCUUCUUCCAGCUACUGUUGUAUUUCCAUGUUGUCAAUAAUCAAGACUUUCCUGAAGCUAAUAGUAAUCAUGACAAACUCUUCAAGAUUCGCCCACUUUUAUCUGCAUUGCAGUCAUCAUUGAAGACACUCCCUCCAGAACAAUACCAAGCUGUUGAUGAACAGAUAAUACCAUUCAAGGGUAGAAGCAGUUUGAAACAGUACGUAAGAAAUAAGCCUCACAAGUGGGGCUACAAAUCUUUUACAAGAGCUGGUGCUUCAGGCAUGAUGUAUGAUUUUGAAAUUUAUGUUGGCAAAAACACCUACAGUGAUAGAGGAUUAGGUUUGUCUGGGAAUAUUGUUUUGGCAUUGGCGGAAACAUUGCCAGAGAAACAGCAUUUCAAAGUGUUUGCUGAUAGUUGGUUUUCGUCUAUACCAUUAGCAAUUGCCCUGAAAGAAAGGGGCAUUGAAUUGUGUGGCACUAUCAGGACAGACAGGAUGGGAAAAUGUCCCUUGAAAACUGAAGUGGAGCUCAAGAAAACUGGACGUGGCUCCUGUGACUGGAGACAACAAAUAACGUAUCUUUAGUACACUGGUUUGACAGAAAAUGCAUAAAUUUCAUGUCAACAUAUGCUCGUGUUGAGCCCAUGGCAACAUGUACACGCUAUUCUGCAUCUGAAAGGAAAUUAAUUGAUGUACCUAGACCUUACAUAGUGGAAAAGUACAACAAACAUAUGGGGGGCGUGGACCUUGCUGACACGUAUACUGUAUCAACUUGAGGUCACGGAAGUGGUAUAUGCCCAUUUUGUACUGGUGUUUGUCUGUAGCAGUUGUCAAUGGAUGGCUACUCCACCGACAUCAUAUGGUCCAAUGUGGCAAAACCUCAGAGAUGUCACUCCUGCAGUUGCAAGCUAAUAUUGCUGCAGGUCUACUGCUUGUGGGGAAAUCAGCUUCCCAAAAGAAGAGAGGAAGACCAACUUCUGAAAUGUUGACAAGGACUCCUGCAGCAAAAAGGACUGCAUGUGCAGCUCCAGUUAUGGACGUGCGUUUUGAUGGGUUCGAACACUUUGCAGGUAUGAUAGAGAAGAAAGGUCGAUGUAAAGUUUACAUUAAGUCUACUACACAAAUUUUUUGCACCAAGUGUAAAGUGCAUCUGUGUCCCACAGUAAAUAAGAAGUGUUUUCACAUCUUUCAUGGAAUAUAAUGACUUCAUAAGGAGAAGAUACAACACCCACUGCUGUCUGACAAGAUACAUGAAAGUAAAACAGUGAAAUGUUUGCAGUACAAAAAUACAGAGUUGAAUUUGUUAAUUACUUGAAGGAAAAUUAGUCAUCACCACAUUGUCAAUAAUAAAAAUGCUGUGCAUAGACUUCUAAGCUGUAAAAUGUGAUGUAUAAACCAAUAUUUUGCUUAAAUGAACCAAUGUUUAUUGAAUUAUGUUUCUAUGAUGUCACUACCUGUA